AUGAAAUGUAUGAUACGGCCAGCUUAUCACCAUUUGGACAAGUCAUUCUUCUUCGUAUUUGUUGUUUCAAUUCUGUUUUCUCAUCCUGCGUUCUCCAAUUAUGCCAAUACUUUGUCGUCUACUGAUACUCUGACAAUCUCAAGCAAUCGAACCAUUGUCUCUCUUGGUGAUGAUUUCGAACUUGGUUUCUUCAAGACCGCCGGACGUUUUCAAGAUAUUGAUCAUUGGUAUCUCGGGAUUUGGUACAAGGCAAUCCCGGUAAGAACCUAUGUAUGGGUUUCCAACAGAGAUAACCCUCUCUACAGUGCUUCUGGAUCCUUCAAAAUCUCCGGUAUGAACCUUGUCCUCCUCAAUCAGUCUAAUAACACAGUCUGGUCGACGAAUGUCACUGUAGCUGUGAGAUCUCCGGUGGUAGCAGAGCUUCUCCCUAAUGGAAAUUUCGUGCUUAGGGCCUCCAAAACGAACGGGGAAGAUGGAAUACUGUGGCAGAGCUUUGAUUACCCGACAGAUACUUUACUUCCGCAUAUGAAAUUGGGUUUGGAUCUCAAGACAGGACACAACAGAUUACUUACAUGCUGGAAUAACUCAUAUGAUCCGUCAAGGGGGAAUACUUUGUUCCAACUCGAAAUGCGAGGGUUACCUGAAUAUGUUCUACUGCUGGACGGAGGGACAACAGUCCGGAGCGGUCCAUGGAAUGGACUCCAGUUUAGCGGCAUACCAGAGAUGCAGGAAUGGGAUUACUUUAACAUUGUUUACAAUUUCACGGUGAACGAAGAGGAGGUCUUCUACACGUAUAGAGUCACCACCCCCACUACCUACUGGAGAUUAACGUUGACUUCCGGAGAAAAUUUAAAACUAUUCACAUGGAAUUCGAAAACACUGGACUGGAACAUGGUUUGGAUGCCACCCCUAACAACCUGCAAUUUAUACCGGACAUGUGGUCUUAAUUCUUACUGUGACACGGACACGUCUCCAAUUUGUAACUGUAUCAAAGGAUUUGCGCCAAGGGACCUACAGGAGUGGCUGCUGGAUGGCGGAAGUGGUCAGUGUUUAAGAAAGACGGAGCUGAGCUGCAGUGACGAUAAGUUUCUCCUGCUGAAGAAUAUGAAGUUACCGGAUACCGAAGGGGUAAUUGUGGACACGAGAAUCGGGUUGCAGGAAUGUGAGGAGAGGUGCGCAAAGAACUGUAAUUGCACGGCGUAUGCGAAUACGGAUAUCCUAAAUGGUGGGUCAGGUUGUGUGAUUUGGACUAGUGACCUCAUUGAUAUCCGGAAUUAUGCCACUGCAGGUCAAGAUCUUUAUGUCAAAGUGGCUGCUGUUGAUCUCGUUACAGAGAGGGCGAACAACAACAGUGGAAAAACUAGGACAAAAAUAGGUCUGAGUGUUGGAGGCAUUGCUUUGAUUUUUCUCAGUUUUAUCAUUUACUUUUGGAGGAAACGUACGCAAGCAAGAGGAACUGCACUAUAUACUGAGUGCGGACAGAGGGGACCACGCCUAAAUUUGCUAGAGACAACAGACGAGGAUCUCAAACUGCCAUUGAUGGAAUAUGACGUCGUUGCCAUGGCGACCAAUGAUUUCUCCAUCAGCAACAAGCUCGGUGAAGGCGGAUUCGGUACAGUUUACAAGGGAACGUUACUUGACGGUGAAGAGAUCGCGGUGAAAAAACUAUCGGAUGUGUCAACUCAAGGGACCAAUGAGUUCAGAACUGAGAUGAUUCUGAUUGCAAAGCUUCAACACAUUAACCUUGUCCGACUUCUUGGCUGUUUUGCCGACGAGGACGAUAAGAUUUUGGUCUAUGAAUACUUGGAAAAUCUAAGCCUCGAUUACUAUAUCUUCGAUGAAACCAAAAGUUCUGAGCUAAAUUGGCUGACGAGAUUCAAUAUCAUCAGUGGUAUUGCGCGAGGACUUUUAUAUCUUCACAAAGACUCGCGGUGUAAGGUUAUCCAUAGAGACUUGAAAACGAGCAACAUCUUGCUUGACAAAGAUAUGAUCCCAAAGAUUUCGGAUUUCGGGUUGGCCAGAAUUUUUGCUAGGGACGAGGAGGAAGCUACGACGAGAAGGAUAGUUGGAACUUACGGCUACAUGGCUCCAGAAUACGCGAUGGACGGGGUAUACUCUGAAAAAUCAGAUGUUUUCAGCUUUGGGGUAGUGAUUCUUGAGAUUAUCACUGGCAAGAAGAACAGAGGAUUCACCAGCUCGGACCAGGAUACUAAUCUUCUCAGCUACGUGUGGAGAAAUAUGGAAGAAGGAACAGGGUUUAAGGUUCUAGAUAAGAAUAUGAUGGAUUUAUUAUCCGCAUCACACACAUUCAAGCUACACGAUGUCUUAAGAUGCAUAACUAUUGGUCUCACGUGUGUUCAAGAAUAUGCAGAGGACAGACCAGCAAUGUCAUGGGUUGUUUCAAUGCUCGGGAGUGAUACAGAUAUUCCGAAGCCUACACCGCCUGGUUAUUGUCUUGCAAUAAGCUCUGAUCCGUGGACGUCGACAACGAUCGUAAGCACCACCACGGAAAUAGAGCCUCGGUAACUGGAAAGUUAUUAAGAGAGAACGUAUUAUUGUAUUACUACUAAUAAAAUGGACAAUUUAAGCCUUUUAAGAGUGUCCACAUCAGCUAUAGAAGGUAUUCUAUAAUUUUGCCACCUCAGCACAUCUUUUUUUUAUGUUGUUUGUAAUUUUUUCUUAAUUUGUUUGGAAC